AUUACAAUAAAAGAAAUAAAAAUUGAAUAUUUUAGAAAACAUUCAUCGAAAGAUAAUUAUAAUGGACAUUGGCUCCCAUUUUUAGAAGAAACGCUAAACCGAAUAAAAGAAAUAUUAAGUUUUUUCGAAAACGAAAUAAAGUCUCCUGAAUAAAAUAAUAAUAAAAUAUAAUUAUUAUAUUGAAGGACAAAAUUGGAAUUAUCAAAAUUUCAAGGUCACCCUUGAAGUCAAAAUGACAUUUAAAGUCAUUUUUGUAAAUCCCCCAGUUCUCACAGAUCAAACCAUUCCACACGUUACGUAUACUCUUAUUUGCCUUGAGUCUAUUCAUAUACCCUUCUCCCGUGUUCAUUUCCGGGCUACUAAAAAAAUUGAGGAAAAAAAGUGCAUUUUACGCGUAUGGGUAUGAAGCUCUUUCUUUCUCUUGUUUUCCAUUUGCUUAUGCUACUCGAGAUUUCAGAAGCAACCAAUGCUCAAAUAUUCAGACGCACGGAUUUUGUGACGGACAAAGAAGCAUUGCUUGAGUUCAAGUCUCAGGUUCUUGAAGAAAGCAGAGUUGCUUUGGACUCUUGGAACGACUCUCUUCCUCUCUUUCAAUGGAUUGGAGUUCAACUCGGUCGCAAACACGGACGAAUCGUGGGUCUGGACCUUAGAGGUCUGAAAUUAUCUGGGCCGGUCUCGCCUUCCAUUGGUAACCUCUCGUUUCUGAGGUGGCUUAACCUUGCGGACAACUCUUUUCAUGGUUUAAUCCCAUCAAAUCUUGGGAGCUUGUCGAGGCUUCGACACUUGAACAUGAGCAAAAAUCUUCUUGGUGGAGGGAUCCCGUCCGAGCUUGCUAAUUGCUCUAACCUUUCGACACUUGAUUUAUCGUCAAACCACCUUGGCGGCGGUGUUCCUUCUGAUCUUGGGUCUCUGUCCAAGCUUGAGCUUCUAUCUCUCAGACAAAACAACUUGACUGGGUUUUUCCCGGAGUCCUUGGGGAAUAUGACAUCACUCAAGAGGCUCAACUGGGCUUAUAACCACAUGAAAGGAGAGAUCCCGCAGAGUGUAGCAAGAUUAGCACAAAUGGCACAUUUCCAAGUAUCGGGAAAUGGAUUUUCAGGUGUCUUUCCACCUGGUAUUUACAAUCUGUCCUCGCUUGUGGGUUUGUCUUUACCUGGGAACCGCUUUUCGGGUAAUCUAAGGUCUGAUUUCGGCACUCUUCUUCCGAAUAUCGAAGUUCUAUAUCUAGGGGAUAACCAUUUCACGGGAGUCAUCCCGCCUACCAUUUCCAAUAUUUCGGCUCUCCGGAUGUUAGAUAUCCCUGAUAACUAUCUGACUGGAAGUAUACCAUCGAGCUUUGGCCAACUACAACAUUUACAAUGGGUAGGCCUCUAUGACAACUCUCUAGGAAAUCACUCUUAUGAUGAUCUCGAUUUUCUCGGCGGAUUGGCUAACUGCACGCAACUACAAGUCUUGGGUGUUGAGUACAACAGAUUUGGAGGUAAGUUGCCCGCCGCCAUAACCAACCUCUCCAUCCACUUGGGCAUCCUGACGCUUGGAGGAAAUCUCAUCACUGGAAGCAUUCCUAGUGAUUUAGGCAACCUCGUAAGCAUUCGAUCACUAUCCCUACAAGAGAAUGAAUUGUCUGGUGAACUUCCAUCAUCGUUUGGCAAGCUUUCGAUUUUGGAAAAUCUCGUCAUGUAUUCAAAUAAAUUUUCGGGGAAGGUACCUUCUUCCUUAGGCAACAUCACCACACUACAAUACAUCUAUUUGUUCAAUAACAGUUUUGAAGGAAACAUCCCGCCAAAUCUUGGAAAUUGCUCUUACCUUCAAGAUGUUGUGCUUCGCUCCAAUCAGUUCAGCGGCACCAUACCUCGGGAAGUUUUGGAACUUCCAUCACUUGUGCACUUAGACGUCUCGUAUAAUUCUCUGGUUGGCCCAUUACUGGAUGAUUUCGGGAAGUCGAAACUUCUCAUUGGAUUAGCUGUUUCUUAUAACAAAAUUUCAGGGCGGAUUCCACAAACCUUGGGGAAUUGUCCAUCGUUGGAAGAACUUUGGCUGCAAGGAAACUCGUUCGAUGGUUUCAUUCCAGAUAUUAGAAUGUUGAAUGGCCUCAAAGUCCUUGAUCUAUCCAGCAAUGGUCUCUCUGGCCCGAUACCCGAAUACCUCGUGAAUUUUUCAUCGUUGUACUAUCUUAAUCUCUCCAUGAAUAAUUUCGAAGGCAUGGUACCAACCGGAGGAGCAUUUGCAAAUCAUAGUGUAGUUUCAGUCUUUGGCAACACGAAACUAUGUGGAGGCAUCCGAGAACUACAACUAACCCGAUGCCCUGUUGAAAAUGCUGUGAAAAGGGGAAUGCAUUCUUCUGUCAGGAAAAAAAUUGCUAUUGGUGUGAGCACGGGUUUGGCAUCGCUAUUGUUGGUCGUACUGACCUUGAGUUCCAUGUAUCGUUACAGAAAAAAGACGAUGAGAAACAUGGAACCGAACAUGAGUGAUCCAUCUCAUUUCCAUGAAAGGAUAAGUUAUGGGGAGCUUCUAAAGGAAACCAGUGGAUUCUCCUCGAGCAAUUUGAUUGGAUCAGGUAACUUUGGUGCUGUGUUUAAAGGCUUACUUGGCCCCGAGAAUAAGGUUGUUGCUAUUAAAGUUCUCAACCUCCAAAAGCCUGGAGCUGCCAAGAGUUUUAUGGCGGAAUGCAGGGCCUUAAGGAGCGUGAGGCAUCGUAAUCUUGUCAAACUAGUAACGGUUUGCUCGAGUAUCGAUUUAAAGGGUAAUGAAUUCAGGGCACUAAUCUACGAAUUCAUGCCCAAUGGAAGCUUGGACAUUUGGUUGCACCAAGAGAUCAGUAAUCCCUCAAGAACCCUAACUACUCUUGAAAGACUCAACGUAGCUAUUGAUGUGGCCUCUGUUUUAGACUAUCUUCAUUCUCAUUCUCCUGAUCCAGUCGCUCAUUGCGAUCUGAAACCAAGUAACGUUCUCCUAGAUGAUGACUUGACUGCUCACGUCAGCGAUUUUGGUUUGGCCCAUCUCCUAUUCAAAUUUGAUAGAGAGUCCUUUGUUAAUCAACUAAGCUCUGCCGGUAUCAGAGGAACCAUAGGUUAUGCUGCCCCAGAAUAUGGAAUGGGAGGCCAGCCAUCGGUAACAGGCGACGUGUACAGCUUUGGGAUCCUCUUGUUGGAGAUGUUCACCGGUAAAAGACCAACGGAUGAACGGUUCGCCGAUGGUUUUAACCUUCAUAGUUUUACCAAGGCAGCAUGGUCGGAACGAACACUUGACAUUGCGGAUCAAUCAAUCAUACGGAGUUUUGACAGUCACAGCGACAGUGCCGCCAUUACCGAGUGUUUGGGAGCUGUGUUCGAUGUCGGGAUUAAGUGCUCUGAAGAAAGUCCGGCGAACCGGAUAACAAUGGCUGAUGCAGUAAAAGAAUUGGUUGCCGUAAGAGAAAAGUUCUUAAAAGGAAAGAAGAGGGUAACUGGACGGUGAAAGUGUGUGCUUAAGGACGGUGAAUCAACCGACCACGAAUUCCUGGUUUUGGGUUCCCAUCCUCCAGGAAUGUUUUAAUAUAAUUCUAAUGGACUGAGUUGUUAUCAGGAAUACAAUAAGUGUGCAACGUAGGAUCGCAUUGUGAACUUUGCAUGGACGACGAAGAGAUGGUAUGUGUAUCAACGGCGUAUAGUGUUUGAUUUGUUUCAGCUCUUUAUUCUAUAUAUUGAAAAUGAAAUGGUUAUUCUAGUCCAAAUUACUCUGUAUUGUAAAAAAUCUAC